AUGCAAGCACCGGCUGCACAUGGCAGCAAGAGAAGUCGUGCCGCAGUAAGCAGCACCCCAGGAUCAUUUACAAGACGUCAGUCUUCGGCAUCGUCGCAAUCAAGACGCAUUAAGCCGCUUAAGAGUUUACUGAGACGGACUUCUCGUGGCGGCGAUGACGACGAUGUCUCGCCCUUUGAUACAUCACCCGCCACAAGAAAAGCCGAGGAUGACGUGGAAGUACUGGACCUUUCCGAAGCGACUGAGGUGUCGAAGGAACUACUCCAGCCUAAAGUGGACAACCGGGUCAAGUUGAGCAAAUUCAACUGCGUUAUCUGCAUGGACGACGUAUCGAACUUGACCGUUACACAUUGCGGCCACCUCUUCUGUUCCGAAUGCCUCCACUCUGCUCUCCACAUCGACAGCAACAAGAAGUCGUGCCCGGUAUGUAGGCAAAAGGUGGAAAUCAAGAACAAGACGAAGAAAACGGACGCGCGUUCGUACUACCACCUUGAACUCAAGCUUAUGACAGCCAAGCGAAAAGAGAAGCGACCGGCCGCUUAG